GCACUGCCGGCAGCGCGGGGCAGGACGGGCUGCACGCUGCCGUACUUCCGAGAGGGGAGAACGGGAGUGGGGGGCUGGGAGCGGCCCAGGGUGGGUUUGUGGGUUGUUUUCUUUAUUCCCUGUUCAGUCCGGGGGUUGAAUACGCACGUGUGUUUGCUUGCUGUACAGCCGGUGUUUUGCAUCCUGAUAGCAAAAUUGCUGAGAUCGAUCAUGAAGACGUUUUGUGGAAGAGCCAACCCCACCACGGGCUCGUUGGAGUGGGUAGAAGAGGACGAGGACUAUGACUACCACCAAGAAAUUGCGAGGUCCCGCUAUGCAGACAUGCUUCACGAUAAGGACAGGAACGUGAAAUAUUACCAAGGUAUUCGUGCUGCCGUGAGCCGAGUAAAGGGAAGAGGUGAGAAAGCAAUUGUUCUAGACAUAGGGACUGGUACGGGACUCCUGUCUAUGAUGGCAGCUUCAGCAGGUGCAGAUUUCUGCUAUGCAAUUGAGGUUUUCAAACCCAUGGCUAAUGCUGCGGUGAAGAUAGUAGAGAAAAAUGGUUUUCGUGAUAAGAUCAAGGUAAUCAAUAAGCACUCCACUGAAGUCACAGUCGGGCCAGAUGGAGAUAUGCAGUGUCGUGCAAAUAUCCUGGUAACAGAAUUAUUUGACACAGAGCUGAUAGGAGAAGGUGCUUUACCAACCUAUGAGCAUGCACACAAGUACCUUGUACAGGAAGGAUGUGAGGCAGUGCCUCACAGAGCAACAGUGUAUGUCCAGUUAGUGGAAUCCAAAAGAAUGUGGUCCUGGAACAAACUGUUUCCUGUUCAUGUUGAAGCAGAGGAUGGUGAAAAAAUUAUUGUCUCCCCUUCAGAAAUGGAGAACUGCCCAGGUGUUCCUUCUGUUUGUGAUAUCCAACUGAACCAGAUGCCUUCAAGUGACUUCACCAUCCUUAGUGAUGUGGUGACUAUGUUCAGCGUGGAUUUCAGUAAGCCAGUAAGGAGUGCAUCUACCUGCUACAGAGUGCAGCUGGAGCCUGUAAAAUCUGGCAAGGCACAAAUUGUACUUUCCUGGUGGGAUAUUGACAUGGAUCCUUCUGGAACAAUAAACUGCACGAUGGCUCCAUACUGGGUAAAACCCAUGUCUGCUUUCCAGUGGAGAGAUCACUGGAUGCAGUGUGUUUAUUUCCUUCCAAAAGAAGAGCAGAUUCUCCAGGGUGAGAAGGUGCACCUGACUGCCUGUCGUGAUGAAUACUCCGUGUGGUAUACACUGCAGAAAGCCAGAGAAGAAGAUGAGAAUAAGGCAGAUGUUCGUGUUGAGAGUCCUGUUUGUAGAUGCCAGGCCCACCUUCUUUGGAACAGACCACGCUUUGGGGAGUUGAAUGAUCAGAACCGAACACGCCAGUACAUCAAGUCUCUGAUGAAUGUUCUGAGAACAGAUAGCGUUUGCCUUUGCAUCAGUGAUGGCAGCCUGCUACCUGUGUUGGCUCACUGUCUCGGAGCAGAGCAGGUGUUUACAUUGGAAAACUCUGCCGUGUCCUGCUCUGUCAUGAAAAAACUUUUUAAAGCCAAUCAUCUUGAAGAUAAGAUUAAAAUAAUAGAAGCCCGUCCUGAGUUGCUGACAUCGUCUCACUUGGAAGAUAAAAAGGUUUCUGUUCUUAUUGGAGAGCCAUUUUUCACUACAAGCUUGCUGCCAUGGCAUAACCUGUAUUUCUGGUACGCUAGAACGGCUGUGACCGAGCAUCUUGCCAGCAAUGUCACUGUCUUACCUCAGUCUGCUGCCUUGCACAUGAUGAUCGUGGAGUUUCAGGACUUAUGGAGAAUCCGGAGUCCAUGUGGCACCUGUGAAGGAUUUGAUGUCCGGACUAUGGAUGACAUGAUUAAAAAUUCUCUGAAUUUUAGAGAAUCGAAGGAAGCAGAACCUCACCCUUUGUGGGAAUACCCUUGUAAGUCACUCUCCAAUCCCCAGGAGGUUUUGUUAUUUGACUUCAGAAAGACUGUACCACAGCACUGUCUCAGCAUGGAGGGGUCUGUAAGUCUGUUACGAAAGGGAAAGAGCCACGGAGCAGUUCUGUGGAUGGAAUAUCAUCUUACUGCUGAUAUCUCAGUUAGUACAGGACUGAUGCAGAUUCCUAAUGAAAAGGGAAACUGUGAAUGGAAUCCCCACUGCAAGCAAGCUGUCUACUUUUUCAGCUCUGUUAUUGAAUCAGAAGCUCUGACAGACCUUCCUACUGCUGUCACGUAUGCGAUAAAUUUUGACACAAAGACAGGAGAGAUUGCCAUGGAUUUUAAGCUAUUAUAAAUUACUUCCACUUGUGAUGUAAAUUAUAAUAAACACGUAUAAUAUUCUUUGUAUGGCA